AUGAACUGGUUGUCGCGGGAUUUCAUCCAUAUUGGCGAGUUUUGUCUCGAUGUUCAAACCGUGGCCUGUAGUACUAACCCUUUACUUUCACAGAUGCUCCGUCAAUCUUUCCGUUUCGCUCGUCCAGCUAGAUUAUUCUCGACAUCCACCCUGUUGAGACAGCAGACCCCUAAGGUCUGGAAGACUGCCACCUCCAUAUCCGAGGUCGUUGACAAGCACGACUUGGUUGGACCAGGUGCCCAGCCAGGAACUGUUCCUACUGAUUUGGAGCAGGCCACUGGUUUGGAGAGAUUCGAACUUUUGGGUAAGCUUGAAGGUGUUGAAGUCUUUGACAACAUCCCAUUGGACUCGUCCAGAACUGGAACCAUGGCCGACCCAAUCGUGGUUGACUCCUACGACGACUACAGAUACGUCGGAUGCACCGGUGCUCCAGCUGACACCCACGAGAUCCAAUGGUUGAAGCCUACUACUGAGAAGGUUGCCAGAUGCUGGGAGUGUGGUUCAGUGUACAAGCUGAACUACCUGGGAACUCCAGGUGGCCACCACCAUCACUAA